AAAGGACAUAGAAAACACCAGUAUUGAACUUCACUUCAAGAACCCGGGCUGCAAAGGAAAUCUCCUUUGUUUUGUUAUUUAUAUGCUGUCAAGUUUUGAAGUGGUGAGUUUCAGUUCUGGCAGGUGAUCUGUAAGACAGUGACUGAGUAUGGACCAUUUGAACGAGGCAACUCAGGGGAAAGAGCAUUCAGAAAUGUCUAACAAUGUGAGCGACCCGAAGGGUCCACCAGCCAAGCUUGCCCGCCUGGAGCAGAACGGGAGCCCGCUAGGAAGAGGAAGGCUUGGGAGCACAGGUGCAAAGAUGCAGGGCGUGCCUUUAAAACACUCGGGCCAUCUGAUGAAAACCAACCUUAGGAAAGGAACCAUGCUACCAGUUUUCUGCGUGGUGGAACAUUAUGAAAACGCCAUUGAAUACGAUUGCAAGGAGGAGCAUGCGGAAUUUGUGUUGGUGAGGAAGGAUAUGCUUUUCAACCAGCUGAUAGAGAUGGCGUUGCUGUCUCUAGGCUAUUCUCACAGCUCUGCUGCCCAGGCCAAAGGGCUCAUCCAGGUUGGGAAGUGGAAUCCAGUUCCACUGUCAUAUGUGACAGACGCCCCUGAUGCUACGGUAGCAGAUAUGCUUCAAGAUGUGUACCAUGUGGUCACGCUCAAAAUUCAGUUACACAGUUGCCCCAAACUAGAAGACUUGCCUCCUGAACAAUGGUCGCACACCACAGUAAGGAAUGCUCUGAAGGACUUACUGAAAGAUAUGAAUCAGAGUUCGUUGGCCAAGGAGUGCCCCCUUUCACAGAGUAUGAUCUCCUCCAUUGUGAACAGCACGUACUAUGCAAAUGUCUCAGCAGCAAAAUGUCAAGAAUUUGGAAGGUGGUACAAACAUUUCAAGAAGACAAAGGAUAUGAUGGUUGAAAUGGAUAGUCUGUCUGAACUAUCCCAACAAGGUGCCAACCACGUCAAUUUUGGCCAGCAGCCUGUCCCGGGGAACACAGCUGAGCAGCCUCCAUCCCCUGCGCAGCUCUCCCACGGCAGCCAGCCCUCAGUCCGGACCCCUCUUCCGAACCUGCACCCUGGGCUUGUGUCAACACCUAUCAGUCCUCAGCUGGUCAACCAGCAGCUGGUGAUGGCUCAGUUGCUGAACCAGCAGUAUGCUGUGAACAGACUCUUAGCCCAGCAGUCCUUAAACCAACAAUACUUGAACCACCCUCCCCCUGUUAGUAGGUCUAUGAAUAAGCCUUUGGAGCAGCAGGUUUCAACCAACACGGAGGUCUCUUCAGAAAUCUACCAGUGGGUGCGGGAUGAACUGAAACGAGCGGGAAUCUCCCAGGCAGUGUUUGCACGCGUGGCUUUUAACAGAACUCAGGGAUUGCUUUCUGAAAUCCUCCGAAAGGAAGAGGACCCCAAGACUGCAUCCCAGUCUCUGCUGGUAAACCUUCGGGCUAUGCAGAAUUUCUUACAGUUGCCAGAAGCCGAAAGAGACCGGAUAUACCAGGAUGAGAGGGAAAGGAGUUUGAACGCAGCAUCGGCCAUGGGUCCUGCCCCUCUGCUCAGCACACCACCCAGCCGCCCUCCCCAGGUGAAAACAGCUACCCUUGCCACUGAGAGGAAUGGGAAACCAGAGAACAAUACUAUGAACAUUAAUGCCUCCAUUUAUGACGAGAUUCAGCAGGAAAUGAAGCGUGCUAAAGUGUCCCAGGCACUGUUUGCAAAGGUUGCUGCCACAAAGAGCCAGGGAUGGUUGUGUGAGCUGUUGCGCUGGAAAGAAGACCCUUCUCCAGAAAACAGGACCCUGUGGGAGAACCUGUCGAUGAUCCGGAGGUUCCUCAGUCUUCCCCAGCCUGAGCGCGAUGCCAUCUACGAGCAGGAGAGCAAUGCUGUGCAUCACCAUGGCGACAGGCCACCCCACAUCAUCCAUGUUCCAGCAGAACAGAUUCAGCAACAGCAGCAGCAGCAACAGCAGCAGCAGCAGCAGCCGCCGCCACCGCCUCCGCAGCCGCAGCCGCAACCCCAGGCAGGCCCCAGGCUCCCCCCACGGCAGCCCACCGUGGCCUCAUCCGCAGAGUCUGAUGAGGAAAACCGGCAGAAGACCAGGCCACGAACCAAAAUUUCCGUGGAAGCCCUGGGGAUCCUUCAGAGCUUCAUCCAAGACGUGGGCCUGUACCCGGAUGAAGAAGCCAUCCAGACUCUGUCGGCGCAGCUGGACCUCCCGAAGUACACCAUCAUCAAGUUCUUUCAGAACCAGCGGUACUACCUGAAGCACCAUGGCAAGCUCAAGGACAACUCCGGCUUGGAGGUGGAUGUGGCGGAGUACAAAGAUGAGGAGUUGCUGAAGGAUUUGGAAGAGAGUGUCCAGGAUAAAAGCACCAACACCCUUUUCUCAGUGAAACUAGAGGGCGAGCUGUCGGUAGACGGGAGCACAGACAUUAAUGCCGACUUGAAAGACUGAGAGACAAGUGUUAACUUCAGCGGUACCACUCGCAUUUACUAACAAAACGAAAAGCCCACCUUGUGUUCGCUCAGAAGCCCUUCAUUGUUUAUCGUUUGGCCAAUGAAUCUUCAGAAACUUGCACAAACAGGAAGUUGGAAGGACAGGACAGACUGCACUCAAGGUUUUACUCUGUUUUACAGACUGCUUGGCAGCCCCGGGUGAAGCAUCAAGGAUUGUUUGAUGGUAGAGUUUGUGUUCAAGGGCCGCACCGAGGUGUCGCACCCUGUCAGCAUGAUACCAGAGAUUGGUUUUCCUUUUAAUUAUUAUUAUUCUGGAGCCUCAAAUAAGCAUUAUAACUUCUGUGAUUAUGAUUGCCUUUCCUUUAAUUAUUUCUGUAACACUCCACACUGGUCUUUGGAAACUGGCCCCUUAUUUUAAAGAGGAAAAGGAAAAAAAAAAAAAAAAGAGUUUGUUACUCGAAUUGUAUGUUAAAAAAGAACUAUAGACUGUGGAAUGCAGUUAAAGAUAACAUAUGCCAACAAAUGCCUUGUAUUAUAUGGCACUGCCGUAAUUAAAAUUUGUUUUUUAUUUUGGAAAUAAAAGUUCACUGUACUUUUUUUUUCAUGCUCAUUGUUACUUUUUUUUUUUUUUUUUAAGGGAAAGAAAAUGUGAAACACAAUUUAGUCCUCGUUAUUUAUUUGUAGAUCCUGCAACAUCACGUUGUAAUUAAGUUUUUGGAAAUUUCUGUUAAGUGUAAUGUUGCUUCUCUUGUUAUCAUACUGAUUUCCUUUCUAUUUAUAACUGUAUUUUGAUGGGCAGUAAAACAAAGUGUCUUAAAAGUUUUAAAUAGAGAAAAUGUGCUUUACACAGUUGCCUAUAAAAGUCUAUGUUAUCCAAGCAAUUCACUCUAGAAGCUUCACUCUUGUUGUUGUAUGCAAUUUUUACUAUCAUGCAAAUAAGCUUAGGUAAAUAAAACUAAUAGAUCACCUUAGAAAAUUAUGCAAUUAAUGUGAAAAUAAUUGAUGUUUGCAAUGUGUCUUCCUUUGGUUUACAAUCAAUUUUAAAGCGACAUCUGUAUAAAAUUUCUGUAUAAAGGUGUAUUUCUUUUUUUAUGAGUUUAUGACUAUGAAAACACCAGCUAUUUUGUUACAGCUGCUGUUUUUAUAAGUGUAUCACAAUUUUCUUUAUGCAGAAAUGUGCUGAUUAGGAGUGGCUAUUGACUGUAACUACACGAUUAAAAUUGUUUGUAUGGUAUGCCAUGGCAGGGUUUGUCUG